AGUAGAAGGAUGAACAAAAAAAAAAAAUUGAUUAUGUUAUCAUUGAUUCCCAUAUGGCAUUGGAAGAACAAGUUCUCUGCUGUUUCAAGACAAAGCUAGCGAGGCAGCCAACUGGAUUGCUAGCCCCAACCAUAGAAGACGUGCGCAAAUAAAUUUUAUUAAUUAGAGCACGAGGAUGUUAAAUUCUAUUACCGAUGACACACCUAAAUUAAUCCUUUCCCGGUACAUUCCUUGCCCUUUUAACUUCUUAUGUUCCCUGUUGACUAAUCAUUAACUUCUUGUCUCAACCACUCCCUUCUUGCUUCUACCCAAUCAGUAAAGAGUCAUAUACAUACCAAUUCGUCCUCUUUAGUAGUAAUCUUAGCCAAAUAAAGCAUCUAUAUACGUACUCUAAUAAAGAGGAAGAGAGCCCUUAGCCCUUACACGGGAGAUCUCAUUGGGUUUUUUAUUUUAUUUUGGCAAAACCAUUAUUUAAGCCCUCAAACUUUCCCCAUUUUAGCAAUUACGCCCCUAAAUUAAAAAUCAAGCGAAUAAGCACUUAAACCAUGUAAUUAAGGCAAAUUAGCCCUUCAUUAAUAACUAUGGAUAAUUUUUGUGCGGCUACCAUACCGUGCGUCCAACCCGAGUUCUAAUUAAUUAAAUCACUUUGUAAUACCUGAAAGGCUGUAACUUGCUACUUUGAUUGAUGAAAGCUACCAUUUUAAACACACGACCACUUGCUUUAAAAUGUUGAAAGCAGGAAGUACUACCAUAAUAAGUUGGGGGAGUUUGACAUCUGCCUGACAUAUGGGUUGCUGAUCGGGGCAUUGGCAUUGGAUUUGAUAUCCAUCUGGUUACUUAUGUUCUCUGAUUGGAUUUUUAUUAGGCGGUACCAUGGCAGAGAGAAUUAUGAUGAAUUCAUUAAAAGGCGCAGGUGGUCGAAUUCAGUUCCCCAAUUAAAUAUUUUUGAUUGUCAUUUCAAGAAUAAAGAUGGAGAUUAUCCAAAUAAAUUGGUUGAUUUUCUUGGCGCAAGCAGUUUGUUUGAAACCAUAAGAAGAGGAAUCCAGUGUGUGUCCCAAGAAGAUUUUGUAGAGGAACAAGCUUGGAAGCUCAUUUUCACAACGCUUCGAGAAAAGGAUAUUGGCGAGGCUGGCAAGGAAAUCUUUGGUCCGUCUAGAAUUCUCACCGGCCAUAUUACCAACUUCGCUUGGACCCUCGACAGGUUUGAGCACGUGGAAAGCCUUCUGAUAUGGCACAUAGCCACUGAAAUAUGCUACCGAAAAGUAUGUCCACAAAACAGCUCCAGCAGUUCUACAUCAACAUCUAAUGAUCGUUUCGAUCACCGAAAAAUAUGCAAGUUGAUUUCAGAUUAUAUGUUUUACCUUUUGGUAAUGGAGCCUACCACCAUGACAGCCACCUCGCCUAACAAUCUGAAGAUGGUUUUUGAGGCCAAAGAUGGACCAUGGGAGUGGCCAGGUUAUUGGAAGAAGGGAUCCAAAGAAACAUUCAUUAAAGGUCUACUGGAUAAGCUAUUGGAAGACGAAGCUGAAAUUGUUUAUAGAAAUCUAGGUCUGUGGAAGAAAGAUGUGGACAGGUUAGAACCCAAGGAAAAGGAUAGAAUAGCUGGCUUUCCGAGGAUAACCGUUGCAGGUUUUCUUGCCAAGGAGCUUCUCCAAUAUCAGCCCGGUGGUUGUCCGUGGAACUUAAUGAGCAGAUUUUGGAUAGAAAUAUUAUGCUAUGCUGCUAUUCAUUGCCAACCCAUUGUCCACGCACGACAAGUAAGCAGAGGCGGACAACUUCUCACCUUGGUUUGGUUGUUGAUCAAUUACUUGGGAUUAACUUCUCAUCCAGUGAGUCCAGCUAAUUUUUAGCACAACCGAAGCUUAUGGCACAGGACAGGAGACGUCAGGAUGAGUCAACAGAUUCGGAAGUGUAACCGUUGGAUCUUACGAAAGAAGAGAUGACUAGACGGGUAGAGACAGCAUUUCAAGGCCCUCCUUGGCCUCUUCUAUCCUUGUUCUUUCAGAAGGAACUCGUUCACGAGUUGGAGAUCAUCUCAGCCACUUCAUAAAAUUGUCUGUCAAAU